GAAUAGCGUUGAAACGAUAAAGUUGUUCAAUGGCAGAGUAGGAUAGAGAGGGUGGGGGAGAGAGAGCGCGAAAGAGUGUUAAAAAAUUUCGUUUCUCGUUUCCAGGCGAGAACCAAUAUUUGCUGUGUGUUGAAUGAUUUGGCCGAGUGCACCUCAGCAUGAUGCCAAAUAUCGAAAAGUUGCAUCCACAUUAAGCACUGGCACCGUAUCAAUAUGCAAAUACUUUUACUGAAUAUUUUCACGGCAACACCGAAUUUUUUUUCCACGCUUUCGCUAUUUCUUUCACGCGGGAGCGCUCGUGUGUGUGUGUGUGCUUCCAAUGUUUUGAGUCGUUGAGCUGAAUGAGUGUACACGUAAACAGAGUCAACGUAAACAUUUGAAUAAUCAACAACCGAGAUAGAGAAUCUAACGUGUGCGAGAGCGGAUCAUAUCAAAAGCCAGCGCUAAAAAUAAACCCAUUCGAAUCAACGUGUGCGAAUCUCGGAAUUUGAUUUUUCCAAACAGAAGAGAAUCAUUUUUUCACGGUGUCGGUUCCGUGGGAAAAGAGUGCGUAAUAAACGAAGCAGUUUACACGUUUUUGUUCCGUGUUCAAGUAGAUAGGAAAAUUAAUUUGCGAGUGUCAUAAAAUGCACUCAAACAUCAUCCUUUAUUACAAUUGAACAAGGAAUAUCUCACUCACGGUCGUGUGCAAAAAGAGACACACAGAGAUAGAAAUAAAGAUAGAGAAUAAAUAUUAAAUUGGUGCAUUUAUUGCUGUUGUGCUUGAUUGAAUGCAAUAAAACGAAUAGCGGUUUCCAUAGAAUACGUAUACGUUUCGUUGACGCGUCUGAAAAUUUCGUGAAUGGUGUGCAGCUAUUUCACGGCAAUGAAUGCCAAACAAAACAAAUAAGUUGAAGCGAAUUUCGAGAUGGCAUCCGAUGGCGUCGUAGUUGCUAACGACGAGAUAUACAAUAAAGAAUAUCGUCGCUUGCGAACGCUCACCAGUCAAACGGAUAUUGUUGAAGGAUCUAGCGAGUAUGGCCUAACGGAGGAACAAGUUGCAGAAUUCAAGGAGGCAUUUAUGCUGUUCGACAAAGAUGAAGAUGGCACAAUUACCAUGGCUGAAUUGGGUGUUGUAAUGCGCUCGUUGGGACAACGACCGAGUGAAAAUGAACUUCGUAACAUGGUGAAUGAGGUUGAUAUUAAUGGAAAUGGAACAAUUGAAUUCAACGAGUUCUUGUUAAUGAUGUCGAAAAAGAUGAAAGUAGCUGAAGGCGAAGAUGAGCUUAAGGAAGCGUUCAGAGUGUUCGACAAAAAUAACGAUGGCCUAAUAUCGGCGACCGAACUGCGUCACGUUAUGACUAACUUGGGCGAACGGUUAUCGGAUGCAGAGGUCGACGAUAUGAUCAAGGAAGCUGAUUCAGACAAUGACGGUUUCGUUAACUACGAAGAAUUCGUUAUGAUUUUAACUGCCAAGAAAUAGUUAAAAUUCGGCAAAAAAUGCUAUGGCUCACCCACGACGGUUCACAGAAAUCACAAAAAAAUCUAUAUAAAAAAAAAUUACAAACACACACACACUCAGCAGUAGAUAUUUUCGUCAUUUAAUAGUAUGAUAGAUGCGAUAGAGAUCUAUUCUGGAUAUUUUAUUUUCUCUGUAUAAUCCGCUUUAGCAGCAAAAAAUAUUCGGUGCAACAACAAAAAACAUGAAGAAAAAAACACAGUUGAUUUCCUUUGGGAAUUAGUUUCUAUAACAUAAGUUUAUUGAUUUACCAUUUCGAUUUUAUAUUUAUGAAUGCGGAUAAAAUGAUGAAAAAGAGCAACAACAAAAACCGUUGAUAAACGUAGAAUGAAAAAAACCGAAAAGGAGAGAAAAUUGUGUGAAAAGUGCAGUAAAUUGCUCAUUUUGAUGCGAUGUCAAGACCAUUUGAAGAGAGAGCUUAUUGUACUUCAGUCGCAUCCAUGAAAUUGCAGUAAUUUAUGCGGAAAAUAUGGUUUUGACAUCACUUUGAACUGAAACAAGUACAACACCCAUUUGAUUGCAGCAACGUUACAUCGCGUCUACCGUUCAUUGUAGUCACGAAAUACAAAAGAAGAAAAAAAACGACGACGACGACGAAGGUUAAAUGCAAAAUUCAAAUCAAUGAAUUAUGCUUCCAUAAAUAAUCAAAAUAUUACACUAUACAUGUACUUUACAAUGACAGACAAACAGACAUUUUAAUGGAGAAAAAAAAAUCACUCACCCACACAGUAACAGAUGAAUUAAAACCUAUAUUAUAUUGAUAUUUAAUGGUAUUUUAAGUAUCUACUCUAAGAUUUAACUGAAUAAUUGACCAAAUGGAAUCAUAAUGACACAUUUGCGCACACUAUUUGCAUUGUGAACAAAAAAAAAAAUUAAAUCAAUGAAAAUUACCAUAAAUCCACAACCCCUGCACCACACUAACAAAACAAAGUAAAACACGAAUUUGCGAUGAGCGCAUUCAGUGAAGUUCAUUUCAAUUUUUUACGUCGUUAGACGCAUUCAUGAACGCGACAAAUUGAACGCAUCAACAAUGUUCCGUAAUGAAAGAAACAUUUUUUACUUAAAAAAUUGAUGUUUAUCACGUGCUACGCUCUCACAAAAAUCAAUUUUACACAUUCGUGACAUUUUUAUUUUUUUUUGUCUACUUUAUUAACAAAUAUAAAAAAGAUUCAAUAAUACAUUGAACGAUCUGUGUCACAGCUUUUGACACUUUUCUCGUAGCGCUAGAAGUGAGCUGUCAGACGCUUAGAUGCAGGACCUUCGCAUGAAUCCCCGCAUAUUAUAACAACACUCAGUCAUUCAUUCGUUAAAUGAUAAUACGGAGAGAAUCGAUUAUAUUUUUAUGAUCUAAACCAAACUUCUAAUCUAGAGAGAAAAAUGCAAUUUAUUGAGAUGUUAACUGCAAUAAUGAGAUAUUUCCGUAGUUAAAUAAAUAUGAAAUUCGUGUACAAUGCAACAGCAGCGAAAGCAGUACAAACAGGCAACCAUCAAAUAGGUAAACCGAUUUCAACAGCUUAACCAACCAUUUAUAUAUCAAUUUCCCGCUUUAAACAGUUAGCGUUCAAAGCAGUCGCUUUUAGUUUUUGUCCUCUUUAUCAAAAGGAAAUAUUUUACCAAAUUAAUGCUUAAAAACUGAAAAAAAAUCGACGCUUCCAGCCAUCUGGCCUAAUUUCACGCUGUAUUCAUUGAAAAUUAUUUUUGAUUCCAAUCGAUUUAUAAAUGAAAACAAACAUUUUCAGUUUAUUAAGUAACUAGCAAAAACAUUUGGCCUCAAAUUAGUAGAGAAACCAACAAUAAAAUAAAUUGCACUCCUAAGAGAUUCAAGCACUGGUCACAACACACACAUACACACUCUCUAAUACCACUCAACAAAAGAGUUAGUUUUUUUUUCGAUACAAAAUACACUCUUACUAUCCAAUGAAAUCGAAUUUAAAAUUCCAGAGCGUUUUGCCCUGCUACGAUAUAAUUGUAUCAUUGACAGGAGAUAUACAGAUACUUUUAGAUAGGUCUAAUCAACGCGUAUUACUCUCAAAACGGAAUUUAGUUUAAAACAAACAAAAACAUAUAUACGAUACAAUGAAAAAUAUGUGGCUCAGAUUCAAUAUCCAAUUGAUUUGAUUUGGCCCGUAUUUUUUCUUUCUCUUGGAUUUGCAAAUAUCGACAAUGGACAUGUGCAAAAUAAUUGAAGUUGUAAUUUUAAUGUCACUGAUAUACUCUACUUAUACAAUAAAACAUACGAGAAAAAAAAACUAUUUAUUACUGUAACACUUAUUGAUAUUUACAUCAAAGUAUAUAUUGAACAAAAAAAAACUUAUAUGAUAACUCUUAACCAAAAUUUAAAAAAAAAAACUUUAAAAAAAGACAUUUAUCGAUUAGAAGCGGAGAGUAGAAAGAAAAUUAUAGUACAGAAGAUCCAUUUAUGACGUGAAUUAGAACUAUUUUUUUUUGUAUUACAACCAAUUUCAUGUAUACCACAGAUGAGAAAUCACAUCAUCUAUCUGAAGUCUACUUUAGCUGAACAAUAAGAGCAACCAACAUUCUAGAGAACCAGAAAAAACAAGUUUAUCUGAAUAACAACACAUAAUUUGACAAUGAAAAUAAAAAACAUGAAAUAUUCACUAAAUAAAACUAAAAAUCUAAUUAAAUCAACAUGAAUUAUAAACCAAAUUGGAUGUGAAAUAUAUCUGUAUGUGUGUAAUAAUCAGUACAUGAAGAAGGGAAACAAAUAACACAUGAUAAAAGUGUUUUAUUAAAAUAUUCAUCAAUGUUCUUGGCCAUUGUUGCAAUGGCAUAUGGCUUUAAAAAAAAGAUGCUUUAAUGUGAAAACUGGCACAAAGUGAGGAAAUCACAUUGGAAUCGCUAUGAAUAAUCGAAAUAAUGCGGCUGGAGAAACGUUCCUUCGAUUAUUUAUCUUUUUUUUUUUGAUGUAGUUGAAUGAAGAAAGGAGUGUACACCUUAUGGCAAAAUGUUGCAAAAAUAGCUGAAAAAGACCAGAGAAAAAUGGUUUCAUGGAAUUUUAAGGUCGAAUUUGCAGCCGCGUUCUUUUGAAUAUGCGUUGAGUGACAGUCAAUUUAAUAUGACGCAAGCUCAAUUUUUUUUUCAACAUCAAAACAAAACAAAAUGUAUCUCUUCGAGUCUAUUCCAUUUGAAUUCUUUUUUUUUUUUAACCUAACACAAAUACAAAUAUUUACUAUUCAGACUAAAACCAAACCAAAUUCUUUUACGCACGGCAUAGACGUGCGAAAAAGUAAUCAAACCAAAACAACAAAAAAGACAUAUUUACAAAAUGUUCAAAUUAUAACCAUUGAGUGUAGUUAUGAAUGUGGGUGUGCAAAAGCGUUCAAAUUAUUCUAUAAAUGGAUUGUUUAUUAAUAAUUCUACGACAUUAAUAAGUAAACGUUGAUGAGAUUAGAGUAAAAAAAAAUAUCUAAAAUUCGGAUCGUUUCAAUGGGAAAAAUAUCUAUAAUAUUUUUCAAUAGUUCAUUCAUUUUUUCAUAUACGAAAGAAGACUGUGACUGAGUAGACUGAUGAUACGAUUUUAAUACGGAGAGUCUACAGUUUUCAGUGCUGAGUCACGUCCUUCUUUAAAAAAAAACAAAUAUCCUCACACAUAACAACAAAGAAACAAAAACACACACUCAAAUCUAUCUAUUACAAACGAACGUAUGUAGUUAUAUGCUAGUAGAAAAUGACCGAAACAAAUCCAUGAGAUAAGUCUUGUUGCAACAAAUGAAUUUUCACAUUCAAUAUUCAUAACCACUGUAAAUGAACUGAAUGCUUUAAAAAAUCGAACAAUAUUCCUAUUGUUAAGUCUCACUGGCAACUUCCAUCACCAUCGCGGGCAGUAUAUGCGUGUAUAAAUAUAACAUUCCGAUUGUGUGUGUGUGCGUGAGUUUCGUGAUCGAUGAUUUACCGGCCAAAAUACGAUUUUCAUAGGCGAUAAGUUGAAAUCUCGAGGACAAUAUAUGGAAAACAUAUGCGAACAAAUAAAACCACAACAAAAAAACGACGAUGACGAUGACGACGAAAAAAACACUUAAUCGACCGAACACGUGUAUGACUUGUGAAUCAUUUGAGAGAUGAAAAACAACAAUCUACAAUAAUAAACCAUUGAUCCAGAAA